GUGUGGGGCAAGGCUGCGGCCCGCCUGCGUAGGUGCCUGUUGGGACAGCUGCAGACCACUCUGCACUGUGUCAAGAGUGGAGAGACAGCAAUCCUGAAUCUAGAGGGGAUCCCCCCCGUCAUGUCCAGGUGAGGCCGAGGAGUGCCGUGCUGAACAUGCUCAGGAGGCUGGAUAGGAUCAGGUUCAGAGGCCACAAGAGAGAGGACUUCCUUGAUCUAGCCGAGUCCCCAAAUGCCUCGGACACCGAGUGUGGAGACGAGAUCCCCUUGAAGACGCCACGGCCCUCGCCCCGGGACAGUGAGGAGCUCAGGGACCCUGCUGGUCCAGGGACCCUCAUCAUGGCGGCAGGUGUGCAGGACUUCAACAGGACAGAGUUCGAUCGGCUGAAUGAGAUCAAGGGUCAUCUGGAAAUCGCCUUACUGGAAAAGCACUUCCUUCAGGAGGAGCUCCGGAAGCUUCGAGAAGAGACCAACUCAGAGAUGCUGCGGCAGGAGCUGGAUCGGGAGCGGCAGCGCCGGAUCGAACUGGAACAGAAAAUGCAGGAGGUGCUGAAGGCCAGGUCCGAGGAGCAGCCAGCACAGCCUCAGCAGCCGACAAAGGGACAGAGCCAGACCAGCAAUGGCACAGGCACAGAGCGCCGCAGCCAGGGGUUGUCCUCCCGUGUACAGAAGUGGUUCUAUGAGAGGUUCGGAGAGUACAUCGAGGACUUCCGCUUCCAGCCGGAAGAGAACACAGUAGAGACAGAGGAGCCCCUCAGUGCUCGCAGGUUAACUGAAAACAUGAGACGACUGAAGCGUGGUGCCAAGCCUGUCACUAACUUCGUGAAGAACCUGUCUGCCUUAUCUGACUGGUACUCCAUCUACACCUCCGCCAUUGCCUUCACGGUAUACAUGAACGCUGUAUGGCAUGGCUGGGCCAUCCCCAUGUUCCUGUUCCUAGCAAUUCUGAGGUUGUCCCUCAAUUACCUCAUCGCCAGGGGCUGGCGGAUACAAUGGAGCAUUGUGCCAGAAGUGUCUGAAGCUGUGGAACCUGCAAAGGAAGAUCUGACCGUAUCUGAGAAGUUCCAGCUGGUGCUGGAUGUCGCCCAGAAAGCACAGAAUCUCUUCGGCAAGAUGGCCGACAUUCUGGAAAAGAUCAAGAACUUGUUCAUGUGGGUGCAACCUGAGAUCACGCAGAAGCUCUAUGUCGCUCUGUGGGCCGCCUUUCUGGCUUCUUGCUUCUUCCCCUACCGCCUGGUGGGGCUUGCUGUUGGCCUCUAUGCUGGCAUCAAGUUUUUCUUAAUUGACUUCAUCUUCAAACGCUGCCCAAGACUUCGAGCCAAGUACGACACACCCUAUAUCAUCUGGAGGAGCCUUCCCACCGACCCCCAGCUCAAGGAGCGUGCUGGUGCCACCGUGUCACGCAGGCUGCAGACAGCCUCAUCACGGAGCUACGUUUCCAGUGCUCCAGCUGGGCUGAGUAAGGAUGAAGAUGCUGGUCGCUUCCACAGCACCAAGAAGGGAAACUUCCACGAAAUCUUUAACUUGACUGAAAACGAGCGCCCACUAGCAGUGUGCGAGAAUGGUUGGCGUUGCUGCCUCAUUAACCGAGACCGGAAGAUGCCCACGGACUACAUCAGGAAUGGGGUUCUGUAUGUGACAGAGAAUUACCUGUGCUUCGAAAGCUCCAAGUCUGGGUCAUCAAAGAGGAACAAGGUGAUCAAGCUGAUGGACAUCACAGACAUCCAGAAGUACAAAGUCUUGUCCGUCCUCCCUGGCUCAGGCAUGGGAAUUGCCGUAUCUACACCAUCAACCCAGAAACCCCUGGUGUUCGGUGCCAUGGUGCACAGAGAUGAAGCCUUUGAGACCAUUCUCAGCCAGUAUGUGAAAAUCACGUCCGCAGCAGCCUCUGGUGGUGACAGCUAGUAUUGACUCUGAGGCGUUGCCGGAAUCCUUUCCAACCAUUGGCUAGAGGAGCAGACGUCCUCACGAUCAUCUUCCGCAAUAAUCCUCCUGGACCGUUGGCUGGUUAUACUGGUCUAGAGUCUGCAGACCAGAAGGGCUGGAACUCCCAUGGAAUGGUGCCGGGUUGGCCCGUGCUGAACGCGCAAAGCACCUUCGUGACCGCCUGUGUCCACAGGUGGGCAGAGGAUCCUCUUAACCUGUUUGAAGGAUGGCAUACAAGACUCUGGUCCUCAGGCCCUGCUAAGCACAGCUCCUCACUCUCCUUCCCGGCCUGGGUACAGACCCAGCCCCUGCCAUCCUGAGAGGCUCCUUGGUCUUAUGACCCCUGUUCUCCAGAGGCUUUUUCCACCAAAGCCAUACCUGGGAAUGGUUGUGGCCCCUUCCUACAGGGGUGGUAAGACAGAGAGAAAUGGUGGGGAAGCCCCUCUCUAGGGAAGAAAUGGCCAGUCAUCUCACCCAGCCCUCAGACCCUUCUUCCAUGUUGGACCUACUGUGGCCACUUCGAGGCUGUGGAUAGGGCCUCUCAGGGCUUGGUGUUUGGGGGGUACCUCCCCCUCCAUUUUCAGUUGUCUGGGCAUGAGCUAUCACUCUGGCUCAUCUUGACUUGACACUCCAGCCAGGAGGUCAGGCCAGUGGUUGGUGUCCAGCGAGGGUCCAGAAUGGCGUGUCGGCAAAAGCACACCUUUUUUAACACUUUGCUCUUUGGAAGGUUUGGGGGGCAUUCUCCACUCUGCUGUUAAGUGAGAGACUCUGUGGUCAUCUAGCUGGCAUUUGGCCUCCAGGCUGCAGCCACUCUGGGUAACCAGAUGGGUUCAAGGAGCUGUUCUGAGGGGUUGUCAGGGAGAUAUGGGAGGGCCCUGUGUCACAGGAGACAGCUGUGGGCAGAGUCUAGAGGUUGGGGGCCCGAGUUGCCUUCUACCUCUAAUGUCUAACAGUAUUCUCUCUUCCUGCACGCCCUGCAAGGAUAAGGCAGAUCCCACCCUGUCCAUGCUCCCUGCCCCGACAAAGGUGGAGACUUCACGGGUGGGUGAUCUUGCAGGCCUGGGCCUCUGAAGGCGGCAACCACUACCCCACCUGUGAAUUUCCCAGGUGGACCACUCUGGCUCCUUCAGCUUGUCCCGAGUCCUUCAGAUGUCCCUGAGAUUGCUUUUUUGAAGAAACAGAAGAUUAUAUUUUUUACAGAGAGCAAGCUGUCUUUCUUAUUUUUGUAUCAUUUUUCAAAUGUAAUUUUUACCUUGGUUCCAACGCUCAUUCGCCGGUGUGGGUGUGAGGCCUGGUGGCUUGGGCUUAUGACACCUCAUCCCCAGGGACUUCAGGCCACACACUGCGGGUGGGAAGGGCUUGCUAGGCAACCAGAUCAAGCACACAUACCACUCCAGAUGUGCAGCAAAGGCCACAUGGCUCCAGGUACAGAGAGGAGUCUGACUGGGGAGGCAGGACCCUCCACCCAGGGCUGUGGCUUGAGCCCCUGAAAUAUGCUCGGACUAUGAAGAGCAUGGAGUGAGAUAAGGAGCACCCCAGCAUGCCAGAGGGGAGGCAACAUGACCUCUGACCUGUCUCUGGGGAUGGCUUCAUGGGUGAUAGCUACACAUGGUGGCUAACACUUUAUGGACCCUGGCAGUGCCCGGGUUGGUGAGGGUUGCCACCUGGCGUGCCACAGAGAGGCUUUAAGCUGCGUAGGCUUUAGGGGUGGAAUAAGUGGUUUAGUUUGAGUCUCUUUCUCUGGGAAAGAGAGAUGAAGACUGACCAUGGAUCAGGGAGGUGGCGGCAGCCCCAAGUUCCACCAUUGGCCACUGCACCGGCAGGUCUUUGGGUGGAGCUCAGGGGGACAGGGCUGGUCCAGGGGCCUGUGCAGCCUCUAGGCAUACUUACGGAGACACUGGGGUUUGUACUGGAUUGUGUGAUCUGGGCAGGUGUUAAUUGCUCACUAAUCACUGACCUAGAAUGUUCAGUCUUGUAUGUGUGAAGCUUGAGUCUGUUUUGGCUCUGUACAUAAUUGUUACUGGUGUAACUUUUGUUCUACAAAAGGAUCAUAUUCUAUAAAGAAUUGAUAGGAAAAAAUCCUCUGUCACAUUUUUUUUUAAAAAAAGAAAAACUUGUUUAGAUACAAAGUCUUGUAUAAAUUAUGAUUUGUAUUUAAUAAACCUAAAAUGCUCUGUGCUGA